UACACAGCGCCACACCCAAUUAUUUUUCACCAAACGGAAAAUCCUCCCUUCGGUAUAACGCCAUCAAACUUAACCGCCCACAUUGAACUCAAGGCCCAUCUAUAUAUACCCUGAUACUAACCCAAUUCUUUUUUGACGGACCGCCCAUACAUUAUUCAAACUUUAUAUUCGGGCUGCUUUCCCUUCUUCUGCCCGCCGUCCAUUGCUGUAGCCCUAAUUUCUCUAUCUUAGAUGUAAGCUCAUUUUCUCUCUCUUCAAUUUUUUGUUUAUUUCAAUCAUUCAAAUUUCAGAUCUUGCGAUUAAAGUAUUGAAUCUGAUUUGACAGAAAAUGGGGCUUUCGUUCGGAAAGUUGUUCAGUAGGUUAUUUGCGAAGAAAGAAAUGAGAAUUUUGAUGGUUGGUCUAGACGCCGCUGGUAAGACCACCAUUUUGUAUAAGCUUAAGCUCGGAGAGAUUGUUACCACCAUUCCUACUAUUGGAUUCAAUGUUGAGACUGUGGAAUACAAAAACAUUAGCUUUACUGUUUGGGAUGUUGGGGGUCAAGACAAGAUUCGACCUUUGUGGAGACAUUACUUUCAAAACACCCAAGGACUCAUCUUUGUGGUCGAUAGCAAUGACCGUGACCGUGUUGUUGAAGCAAGAGAUGAGCUGCACAGGAUGUUGAAUGAGGAUGAGUUGAGGGAUGCUGUUCUGCUGGUAUUUGCCAACAAGCAAGAUCUUCCAAAUGCAAUGAAUGCUGCUGAGAUUACUGAUAAACUUGGUCUCCACUCCCUCCGCCAGCGUCAUUGGUAUAUCCAGAGCACAUGUGCGACUUCUGGUGAAGGUCUGUACGAGGGAUUGGACUGGCUUUCCAACAACAUUGCGAGCAAGGCAUAGAUUACAGGAAUGUCCCAGCAGAGGUUAGGAUGAAGUAAAUGUUGGAUUUUGCAGCACCUGCUCAAGUGGGAGAACAAUGUGGAGCGUUUAGUUUUUUUUCUUUGCAUGUUGAAGAUCACGGUGAUUUUUGUGUCGAUGUGAUUAUGUGGUUAUGAAGAUUUUUGUUAUGAUUAUAGAAAUUCUAUAUCAAUACUACUGUAGAUUCAGAAUAACUAAAAUGUAUCUCAGGAAAGCUUUUGUUUCAUGUUUAUAUAUACUGUGACAGCGAUAUUCUUUGGAACCA